AUGAAACCAAAAACCUUAGGAGGACUAUUAUUGAUAUCCUUGUCGGUGGGAGCAGCAUCCUCAUUCGCAGCUCCGACGCCUUUGCCUGUUCUGUACAAUAGUAGACGCCAGGAUAACAGCGAUAAUAGUUCGGGCGGUGAUAGCAGCAACGGUGAUAGCAGCAAUGGUGGGAGUAGCUCGAACAACAGCGACAAUAAUUCGAACAACAAUCACAAUAAUUCGAACAACAACGAUAACAAUUCAGACAGCAACAACGACAACAGCACCGACAAUAAUGAUAAUGGUGGCAGCAGCAGUAAUGACAGCAGCAGUAGCUCAUCAAAUAGCGGCGAUAGUAGCACCGACUCUAGCCCGUCUGAGGGUAAUACCAGCAGUGACAAUAAUACCAACAGCAGCAGCAGUAGCGCAUCUCGCUCCUCUGCUUCAUCACAAUCCUCUGCUUCAUCGCAGUCUACUGCCUCUUCACAGUCCACUGCCUCGAAUGCGUCGACUGCGAGUGAAAACAGCUCAACACCAUCACCAAGCCUUUUAACUAAAAACAAUGGAAAUGUGGUGACAGUAACGCAGACGCCUUCGCCGGGCUCAGGCAACGCAUCGAGUGAAGAAUCAGACGGUUUGAGCACAGGUGGUAUCAUUGGUAUCGCUGUGGGCGUAGGUGUUGCCGCGAUAGCCGCCGCCGGCUUUGUUAUCUGGAGAUGUGUGAAGAGACGAUACGCAGAUAUCGAAGACGACGAGGACAACAGUGACGACAUUAAAUGGCCUCAAUUGCGAGAUGAAGACGGACCAUCAGCAACCGCACUCCAGCCAUUGCCUGCUCGCCCUACCGGUGGUGCAGGUAUAGAGAUGGAGAGCAGCUACAGCAACCCACAUCCAACGAACGAGACAGAUGACGAUUUGAGUCUAGGUGGUGAGCCACUAACCAACGCGUCACACUCUAUCGGUGGAAUGCGUUCAAACAGCCCGGGUGCAAUGGGAUACGCGCCUUAUAGCGAUUAUCCUAUGCCUCCAAACGCAGCAGCAGCUGCCGGUGGAGUAGCACAUCCGCAGUACUUUGAUCCACUCACUGGUAUGGCCUAUUACAGUGAUGAACAUGCUGGAGCAGGUGCUGGAUAUAGCGACAAUGCAUACGCAGAUCCAUUCGCGAAUGAAGCACCUCCUUCCUCUCAGACGCCUCAACCUCCUUGGGCACAUGCGCAGAGCGAAGCUUCUCUCCUCCAUCCUUAUGGCGGUACUCCUUCGCCCCAUCCACAAACUGCCUAUCCGGUGCCAGGUCCGGGACCACAGCCGGGUCAGUACUUUAACAUGUACGGAGGUAAAGUGUGA